AUGGAUCUUGGAACGAAAGCUAUACACGUAGGACAAGAGCCUGACGAAGCCACCGGGGCUGUCAUUCCUCCUAUAUCUCUAUCGACGACUUUCGCGCAACUUGCACCGGGCACUCCGCGCUCGCACUACGACUACGCACGUUCAAACAACCCGACACGGGAGAACCUAGAGCGCUGCAUCGCGGCCCUGGAAGAGGCAGAAUUCGCGUUCGUAUUCAGCAGCGGACUCGGAGCGACGACGACGCUUUUACACCUGCUGAGCAGUGGUGACCACGUCAUCUGUAUUGACGACGUUUAUGGAGGCACUCAGCGUUACUUCCGCAACGUGGCGGCCCGCUUUGGUGUAACGUUCUCCUUUAUCGACUUUGAAGGCGACGCUUAUCCAAAAGCACUCGCAGAGCAUCCCAAUACGCGCAUGGUAUGGCUGGAGAGCCCAACGAAUCCGACUCUACGAGUCACAGAUAUCGCGAUGGUUGCAAAACAAACGCCCCCUCGUGUGCUGCUGGUUGUAGACAACACCUUUAUGACACCGUAUUGCCAACAGCCCCUCAAAUUGGGCGCUCAUAUCGUUAUGCAUUCCAUGAGCAAGUACUUGAACGGCCACUCCGAUGUCAUCAUGGGGGCGGUUGCGCUGCGCGAUCGUGCGCUCGCUGAUCGCCUGCGCUACCUCCAGAAUGCGCUCGGGGCCGUGCCGAGCGCCUUCGAUUGCUACCUGGUGCAUCGCGGCUUGAAGACGCUUGCCGUGCGCAUGGAACGUCACUGCGACAAUGCGAUGAAGAUUGCCGAAUGGCUCGAGCAGCGUUCCCGAAUGGAGCCGAAACGCAUCCACCGGGUGAUCUAUCCCGGUUUGGCGAGCCAUCCGCAGCACGAGGUUGCGAAACGAAACGCAGCACGCCCGGGUGCCUUUGGCGGCAUGAUUGCCUUUUCCAUGGAUAACGCGGCGGAGUGCCUGUCUAGGAUGCGUUUGAGUACGCUGGCGGAAUCGCUUGGAGGUGUCGAGUCUCUGAUCGAGGUACCUGCGUUAAUGACGCACCAGAGCGUACCUGCGGCAGAGCGCGAACGACUCGGGAUCGACGAGCGACUCGUGCGCUGGAGUGUCGGCAUUGAAGCAGUCGGCGAUCUGCUGCGCGAUCUGCAGGAUGCACUGGACGCUUCGAACGCCAGUUAG